UUUUUUCAUUUUUAAUCAAGCUCAAACAAAUUACACGUACAAAAACAAGAAUCUCCAAAACAGAGCAUCUAAACUUUAUCAAUUGUAGGUUGAGAUCAAAUCGCGUCUAUGUUAUUAACCUUUCAGCUUCCUAAAACAUAUGCGGCUCCAAAAAAUAUAUACUACCUCCCCUCUUUUCUUUUUUUUUUUUUUUUUUUUUUCUUUUUUUUAACAACAACCUCAGUUUCUUCUUAUACGCUAUAAAGGAGUAUUAUUUAUAACACACAAAAUAUUUCUUUAUUAAACAUAAUAAAAAACGGAGAUAGUACAUAUAAUUAUAAAUAAAGUAUAAAUUUAAAAAUAAGAUUUAAAAUAUUUGAAGACCUUUAUUCUCAUAUUCCAUCUUUAAGCCCUCAUUUCUCUCUUCUCCUCACAAUUCAUCCUCCACCCACAUUUCACAGAAUCCAAAACCCACUUUCUAAGAAAACCCAAGAUUCUUUUUUUUCUUUUUUUUUUUUUAAUAUCAUUUCUUACAUUCCCAUUUUUCAUUUUAAAAAAAAAAAAAAAAAAAAUCCAUUGAUUCUGAUCAGAUCAUAUUAUUAUUAUCUUGCUCUCCUCUCUUUCACGAGCCAAAACGAGGUCGUUUUGAAUUCGUGAUGGCUCCUCGGCUAAUCUCCUGCUUCGGAAAAUCAGGAAGAGCAUCAAAAGGCGGUAAAAACGACGUCGCAGCAACCGCGGACGAGGCGGCGGAGGAGCAAAGAAGAGGCGGAGACAGCCCUGUAUUGGUGGAGCUAUUUUCAUCACAAGGAUGUAAAACAUCUCCUGAAGCUGAGCUUGUAAUAUCAAGAUUGGGCCGAGGAGAUUUUAGUUUGGGCCAGCCCAUAAUUAUAUUGGGCUUUCAUGUGGAUUAUUGGGAUUAUAUGGGCUGGAAAGAUCCAUUUGGGUCAAGUCAAUGGACUGUUAGACAAAAGGCCUAUGUUGAGUCUUUACAACUUGAUACCAUGUUUACCCCUCAAAUUGUGGUACAAGGUGGGUCCCAAUGUGUUGGUAAUGAAGAGGAUAAACUUCUUUCUAAUAUUGCUAAUGCUCCUAGAUUUCCUUCCCCUAAUUUUCAGGCAAUCAUCAAAAGACCAACACCUGAAACCUUAGAAGUUACAUUCACAGGACAAAUUCGGAUGAAGAUAGACAAUCAGGGUGCUAACAUUAUGGUGGCAUUGUACGAGAAUGGAUUGAUGACUGAUUGUCCAAAGGGGGAGAAUAAAGGCAGACUCCUCUCCAAUGAUUUUGUCGUUAGGAGGCUUGAGAAGCUAUGCUCCCUCAAAGACACCUCUGCCAAGAAGAAUAUCUCAGGGACUAUUAACUUUGCUCUUUGGGAGCCAUUCAUCAGCCACAACUGUGGUAUGGCUCUCUUUGUACAGCAGAACAGCUCCCAUCAUAUCUUUGGCUCUCAGAAAUUCGACGUUCCACCAGAUCUGUGAUUUCGGAAGAGAAGUUUAAGGUCAUUUUUACUUCUAAAGAGAUGGAACAAAUUCACUGAUAAUGUGAAUGAGAAAUGGCUUCUUUUUUUGUUUCGGAUUUGAAACAUGAUCCUAAGCCACACUAUAUGGCUUUGUACAGAGUUUCAUUUGGGUUAGAUCGAUGUAUUUUUGUAUCAUUUAUGUUGGUUUUUGUAUCUUUGAUUUGAGCUAGGGUCUGGAAGAGAGGAUUGGCAUUUGAUGAUAUGAUGCUAUGUUUAGUACACAUACUGAUUUGAAUAUUUAUCUUUGUUUAUUUUGCGAUCUUCUAGUAACUCGUGGACGGUUUGAUGUUUAAA